AUGAAGGUACUGGAAGCUUCUCGUUCUAGGUUGGAGGCCAUUGCGUCUAGGUUGGAGGUUUGGGGAACAAAGGGAAAGGGCCAUGCUGUUACUGGACGUUUGGCACUGGAGGUACUGGAAGCCUGGCGACGUCAUUCAAACGGUUUUUGCAACGAGCCCUUCCUCAUCACUGACGAAAAUGUCCGUGAGGCUGUGCCAGAUCUACCAGAGGAGUACUUUCGUUUGCCUUAUCCGGCGGCCAAAUCGGACUUCAUUCGCUAUGCAGUUUUGCAUCACCAUGGUGGGGUGUAUAUCGAUUUCGAUAUGCUGACCAUACAAGAUGUUGACCAAAUUGUGAAAAAAGUGAAGAAGCUAGAUUUGGUUUCUUAUAGCGAUGGACAAGAUGGGAGUGACUGUAGAGGCUUUUCCUCCAACUUUUUGGGAGGUCGGAAAAACAGCAGUUUUCACCUUGCCGUGUGGGAAGCCCAAAAGGCUGCAGUUUCUCAGCAUUGCAACAUCUCCGAAAAGGGCCUUGAGAAAGUUUGCUGUUUUGACGACACCAAACAGGAAUGCCAUAUCCCGUGGGGAGGACUGGGUGAGCAGAUUUCUCACAAGGUCUUUGCCGCCUCACCACCAAAAUCUGCCUUCUGCUUCAGCGGCGAUGAAUCUUUCAACCCAGAUCGAUUUGAAUUUGUUUUGGAGCACAAGCAGAAAAUGGAGGACGAGGCACAAGCAUUUGCAACAUCGAAAAUCCUCCACUGA